AUGGUGAACGGCACUGCGGCCGUGUUGGAGCCCACUUUCACCGGCUAUGUGGCCACCACACAAGAUGCGUUGAUUCUCUUCGAGGCAUGCUUGACUGGGGUCUUGCAUCAUGUCCCCCGACGACCCCACGACCGGGAACGCAGUCAUCUGGUGCGCAGCGGUAGCGUCUUUAUCUACGAAGAGAACUCCUCCGGCAUCAAGCGAUGGACCGAUGGCGUCACCUGGAGUCCGAGUCGCAUCCUGGGCAACUUUCUCGUUUACCGAGAACUGGACAAGCCGUUCCCGCCCGGAGAGAAGAAGCGCGCGAUGAAAAAGGCCAAUCGACGACCCGUGCCCCCAACUCGACCGGGCGAGCCAUAUCCCACUCGACAUGACAGCAAUGGCGGACAGGGCUACUCCCCGACACAGCCUUCCCCACCGUUUGGGGAACGACCACACCAGUCCGAGGUCGAGCGCGCGUUGGUGGGGUCGCUGGUUGACUCGUACGGCUUCAAGGAUUCGGGUUUGGUCAAGAAGACGAUGAGCGUCACCGUCAUGGGCAUCACUCACCAUUUGGUCUCUUAUUACAGCGUCGAGGACGUCAUGCGCGGCGUGCUCAAUCCUCCCUCGAUGGUCGAGUCGCUCCGCUACAUUCGCCCGCGCGUCGAUCUCACCCAGAAACAGAGCUUCCGUGCACCCAUCGAUGAUCUAGAGACAAGCGCCAUGGAGAGCGCUCACGACCCCUCGCACGCCGCCCUCUACGGCUACCGCCCGCAAAUGAUGGCUCCGCCUGGAUACGGCAUGCCCAACCCAUCCCCUGACUUCUACAUGCACGCCAGUCCCUACGCCGCCACACAUCCUCCACAAACGGGCCCGAUCACAGGAUAUUCCUUGGGCAACUCCAUGCCCGGUCAGCCAGCACCGAAUCCAUACCUGCCUUCGCCGGCUGCACCGAUGGUGAAACAUGAUGACUAUCAUGCCUUCCGCGCAGGACCUUACGGUGGUAGCAUGGACUCCCUCAGUCACAGCGCGCUCUCUUCCUCCAUUCCCGGCGCCAUCAACACCGCCAUCCCCAGCAGUCUCAGCGAACGCAACCGCUCAACCUCCGACCACAGCCCGUCCGCUUAUCGGAAUAGCUCCAUUUCCUCCCGGAGCGUCGCCACAGAUGCUACUUCCCCCAUGGAUUCAUCGACACCAGCCACCUACUCUCGUGGCAGCUUCAGCCUGUCCGGCCAAAUGGACCACAGCUCUCUCGAUCGCGGUAUCGGCCCCUUGGACCCCUCAGUACCCCGCCGCGAAUCAAACCCCAUUCACCCAUCCUACUACGGCGACCGAUCUCAGUACUACGUCAAUCCCGCAGCGCCCGUGAACCACCCCCAUUACGCAGCCGCGCAGCCUCUAUCGUCUUGGACGACCACUGCCCCCGCGCAGCCGCAGAUCUAA